AUGUGUAUUUAUUUAAGCAAAGGUGAACCCAAUCACGCAAGACUCAGCUACGAGACUUCCGUUGGAUCCUUCCUUGUGGAUUCGGUUUCCGCCUCUGUUCAACGAUUCGCUUCAAUCCUCCGUCUCUCUCUCUCUGUCUCUCGCUCGCUCGCUGGCUUACUCACUCUCUCCUUUUUUGGAUUCUUCCUCACGAUAUUGAAGCUUUCGAUUAUGCUGCAGCGAUUUGUUGACAGCGUACUCGCCGUCAUCAAGGAAUCAGUGAAGACAUUCACAUAUGAAUCUUUGAAUAAUAUUGCAAGGUUUAUUAAUGGAGCCUCUGCUCUUAUGUUGGCCAUCCUUCCUGGGAAAGCGAACAUUUUAGAGGGCAUUUAUGGCUGGGAGCUUAGGCCUAGCUUCCGUGGACCUCGACUCCCCCGAUGGAUGGAGAAUGGCGUGUCUUCAUUCAAUCACUUCAUACAUGAACUUGAUUCUGAUUCCUCGAGUAUUGAUUAUUCAUCCGGAGAAGAUGAUAAUGAUGGAGACAUUUUUCCAGCUUCUCCUUCUUCAUAUACCUCUCGUUUGUCUCAUGCAAGCAGCUUUUCUAGAAACAACAAACGAUUAACAUGCAUGCUACCAAUCGUGUUCUUGAUUUCCUUGAUAUUGUGGCCUUUGAAGUUUCUUUUGAAAUUUUCUUUGAGGAUUCCAUCCUUGAUUUAUCGUUCAGCUGGAUUUAGGACAGGUGGAGAUACCUCCAGUGGCAUUGAUGGAGACCAGUUAAAAAAUGACCCACAUGCAAAUAAGAAGGCAGCCCAUCUUAAAGACCAGGUUGUUCAGCGCACUACAGAUAGACGGCGAGGAGUGGUUGAAGAUCUUCAACUAGCUAUUGAAGUGCUUAUUGAAGCAAUUUUUGAUAUCUUCCACAAGGCAGUACAUUUUCUUCUUUCGCCAUCAGAAGUGUACCAGAAACUUUUAGGGAGUUUGUCUUCUCAUGACUUUGAUGUACCUGUUCCCACUUCUACCCUUGCUGAUGUUGAUCCCACUCCUACCGAGAGGCGGACUUCGUUUAGACGGUCUUUGAAUACGGAUGCGCGUACUUGCCAGGAUGUAAUUACUGAGCUUGGAUAUCCUUACGAGGCCAUUCGUGUGGUUACAUCUGAUGGAUAUGUUCUGCUCCUUGAGAGGAUCCCCAGGCGUGAUUCACAGAAGGUUGCUUACCUCCAACAUGGAAUAUUGGAUUCUUCAAUGGGUUGGGUUUCCAAUGGCGUGGUUGGUUCUCCUGCAUUUGCAGCCUAUGAUCAAGGUUAUGAUGUUUUCCUUGGGAACCUGCGUGGUCUAGUUUCAAGGGAGCAUGUUGACAAAAACAUUUCUUCACGCUUGUAUUGGAAAUAUUCGAUCAACGAGCACGGAACCAAAGACAUGCCUGCAAUUAUCGAUAAAAUACAUGAAAUCAAAACAUCCGAGCUAUCAUCACAUCUCAAUUCCGAAGAUUUAGUUGUGGGUCCUCAUCCCUAUCAACUCGGCGUAGUCUGCCACAGCCUCGGAGGAGCGGUGAUGCUGAUGUACAUCAUCAUGCGCCAGAUAGAAGCGAAGCCCCAUAGAUUAUCGAGGAUGAUUUUACUCUCUCCUGCUGGCUUUCACGAAAACUCCACAUUUGUGUUUACCAUAGCAGAGCAUCUCAUUCUACUACUCGGUCCGAUCCUUGCACCUAUCGUCCCUGGACUUUACAUACCCACGAGGUUUUUCCGCAUGCUGCUGAACAAAUUAGCGCGGGACUUCUAUAACUAUCCCGCACUAGGCGGACUCGUUCAAACUCUAAUGAGCUAUGUUGUUGGUGGCGAUAGCUCAAACUGGGUGGGGGUGCUCGGGUUGCCUCACUACAACAUGGAUGAUAUGCCCGGUGUGUCCCUUCAUGUUGCUAUCCACUUAGCGCAGAUAAAACGAGCAAAGAGGUUUAUCAUGUAUGAUUAUGGAAGCGAAGCUGCCAACAUGGAGGCAUAUAAUUCGCCAGAACCAUUGGAUCUUGGGCAGUAUUAUCAUCUCAUUGAUGUGCCUAUAGAUCUGGUGGCUGGAAGAAAAGAUAAGGUGAUAAGCCCAUCCAUGGUGAGGAAGCACUACAGGCUGAUGAAAAGGGAAGGGGUGGAGGUUUCCUACAAUGAGUUCGAAUACGCACACCUUGACUUCACGUUUUCACAUAGGGAAGAGCUUCUGGCCUAUGUUAUGUCACGGCUUUUGCUCGUCGGCUCAUCGCAGAAGCUGCAAGGGGAGCAGGACUCCAUUAGGUUUAAAAGAUCAACUAAAAUUUUUUCAAAUAGUGUACGGAAUAAUGAGUAUGGCCAACAGGAUGAAAUCAGACCCGUGGAGUGAGCUUUGGCUUAUAUAAGCAGCUUUAGGGCUCAAUGGGUGAGAUAAAUUUGUGUCUGUAUAUUACAUCAAUAAAUUGUUGUGGUUUUGGCAUUCGGAAGUCAGCGCUGAGAGCCGGAGUCUGUCAUGACCUCUAGUACUUGGUGGUGGUGAUAUGGAAUGUCAAAGGGGAAUGUUUUUGUCCUUUCCCCAUAUGUAACUUUAACAAAUUCGGUAGACUUUAAUGUAAAUUACAAAAACUUCCAGGAUAUUCUGUAGUUAACAGUUAUUUAAGUGCAA